GUCCGCUUGCCGCUCCAGUGGCUCGGUUACCUUGGAGAGCUGGGUAGUGGGAGAUCCUUUAGCCGCGGUGUGGGCCGGAGAUCGAAACAACAUAAACAUUAAACAUUGCAGCUGCCUCAGACUGCUGGGAAACCUAUUAAAAACUGUACAGAAUUUCAGGAUGACAGACACUUCUGAAGCUGUUCCCAAUUUUGAAGAGAUGUUUGCCAGUAGAUUCACAGAAGAUGACAAGGAGUACCAGGAAUACCUGAAACGCCCUCCUGAGUCCCCUCCAAUCGUUGAGGAAUGGAAUAGCAGAGCCGGUGGGAACCAGAGAAAUAGAGGCAGUCGGUUGCAAGAUAACAGACAGUUUAGAGGUAGGGAUAGCAGACGGGGGUGGCCAAGUGACAAUCGAUCCAAUCAGUGGCAUGGACGAUCCUGGGGUAACAAUUACCCGCAGCACAGACAAGAACCUUACUACCCCCAUCAGUACGGACACUAUGGUUACAACCAGCGGCCUCCCUAUGGUUACUACUGAUGGAAACGUCAGCAGCUUUUAGUAAAACCAUUUCCUCUGUUAACAUGAUAAAAGUUUGUGUGUAUCUUCUGUUGGUCAUAGUUUUACAUCUGAUUUCAGAGAGUGGAUUAUUAACUUUUUGGAACUUGUGACUUUUUUAAAAAAAUGAGCUCUUACUAGAGAUGUGAUGGUUCAGUGUGCCCCUAAAAAGGUUGUGGAUUAUAUUGCCUGACUUCUACCUCAGAUUCUUCUUUGUUUCAUGACUUAAUAGUGCUUUGAACUUGGCGUCUGUUUUCCUUGUUUGACCUACAUGGGGUUCUGUCUUUGUUUUACACAGAAAUAAAAAUUUUACAGUAGAAAAUGCUUGAUUUGACUUUGUAAGGUAAGGAAGUAUCCAUAUACUCAGAUGUGCUCAUUCCUAAAUUUUUACAGAGGUUAGUACAGCCAACUCCUGAAUGCACAACUAUGCUUACUUGUAACGUAUUGUACAUGACAUCAGCAGUUAAAGGUAAAACAAUUGUAGAUGCUUCUUUUGGCUUUUGUUGUCAUGUCUGUGGUACCUUAUCAUUAGUCCAGGUAUGAGUCAGUUCCACAAUCGCUUUGGUCUCUUUUUAGAGGGAUGUCAAGAAUAAAGCCAUAAACUGGGGAAGGGACCUUCUCAGUUUCAGUGGUGGUCAGAUUGGGGCACACAGUCGUUUCAUUACAAACUGUGAGGCUUUUUGCUAACUUAAACAAAGCUGAUCAAAAUUCACGUUAUAAAAAUGUUUAACUGUGUAAAUGUUCCCCUUUCCUUUUCAAUAGUUAUGUAUAUAAUGCUGCAUUCCGACUACUUACUUUUAUGGUAUUUAAUGUGAAUUGAUUGUACAAUGUUACAUUCACUUCUGAAUGUGCACCUUUGCUGCUUCCUCUUGUAAAUACAGUGAUGCUGUAACUUCCUGAUUAGUUUAUUCCAGAUCAUUUUAAUGGCCAUUUCAGUGGUUUUAUUCAAAUAAACUCCUUACAAGAUUAAGCAAUUUCUCUCUCAAGUUUUGGCAGUUAGUCC